UGUCUGUGGAGUGGAGAGAAGAGUAACGUUUAAAAUUUGAAAUAUUGGUGAUAGGAGAAUAAUAUUUUCAACACCUGUGUAAGUCUAACAAAGCCAAAAUAAAAAAGUAUCUAAUUCCUUAAUUAUGUCUAACAUUUCGAAUUCUCUUGUGCCAAUUUAUAAACAAGAAGAUAAGAAGAGCGAAAAGCCUAUUUCUAUCAAAAUUUCAUAUACUCAGGAAAUUUAUCAUGGUAGUGAAUUAAAAUCUCGAAUUGAACUGAGAAAAUGCACGGAAUUUCCAGAAUUAUCAACAGGCAGUACCAAGAUAGCUCCAAAAGAAAUCUAUGACCAUCCACAACUAGAAAAAUCUGCAGAACUGAGUGUGGAGGAACACAAGGAACCUUCAUCUUCCAAAGGACGAAAGAAAAUUAAAAUGUACAAUAUACAUAAAGCUAAUGAAACUCAAGAGGAGAAAAGAAAUUAUUGCCUGUGGUUGAUAAAUAUUGUCGUAGUAAUAUUGAUAGCCAUUCUUUGUGGAACAUAUUUUGUACAUAUUGGAGAACCUUUUUCAAUUUAUAAGGUAGAUGAUAAAUUACAUGCCAAUAUUUUAAACCAAAAUUCUGCCAUUGACACUACUAUUCACAGUUUAGAACAGCUACAAAAUCAAAAUGCUGUAAAAAUACUAACAUGUCUUGUUGGACCAACUGGUGUUGGCAAAACACAUUUUAUUAACAUAUUGAGCCAACAAAUAAGCUCGAAUUUCAUUGAAAUUUACAAUCGUGUUGACUUGCCUCAUUUAUGUGACCAUGAAACCACUCUUAGAGCGAAUCUCCAUGCAAAAUUAUAUUCCUCUAAGUUUUUCAUUAUUGUGCUUGAUGAUCUAACUAUUGGGGAUUUAGGAACACUUAAAAAAUUUGUUGAAACAAUAUUUUCAAUCAAAAAUACUGGUAUUCUCAUUUUGACUGUAUUUAAUAUAGAGACUGAAGGCUGUUUGAAUAACUCACAGGAGUCAAUAACUAGCACAAAUAUUAUAAAAGGAACAUUAGAGAGAAUGUCUAAACAUUUUUAUUAUUCUCAUUUCAACUAUUUGAAUGAGGAUAUCGUCAAAAUAUGGUUACAUAAAGCACUUUCAGAACGAAAAGUUCCACUCAACUCUCACAAAAAAAUUAUUCAUCGUCUUUUAGAUGGACAGGAUAUUCGAUGUCAUGGACUGAAAGGACUACAGGCCAAAUUACUUCUUGAAGUUCAUAAUCUGUGAUAAGCCUUAAUCAGAAACCAAUUUGCUCAAGGAAGCAUAUUU